GCUGUGACAAGGUGCUGUCAAACCGCGGGGCCGAGCGGCCGCCGGCGGAGCCCUGAGUGCUCCGCUGAGCGGCGGGAGCGGAAGGAGCCCGAGGAGGAGGAGAAGGCGGAGUAGGGCACGCGCCCGCUCGGACGGGUGUCUUGAAUGAUUUAGCAUGGACCCUGUUGCUAGUCAUAGCUGCCACCUCCUUCAGCAGCUCCAUGAGCAGCGUAUUCAAGGCCUUCUCUGUGACUGUAUGCUGGUGGUUAAAGGAGUCUGCUUUAAGGCACAUAAAAAUGUUUUGGCUUCUUUCAGUCAGUAUUUUAGGACUUUAUUUCAGAAUUCUUCAGGCCAGAAGAAUGAUGUUUUUCAUUUGGAUAUAAAAAAUGUAGGAGGCAUAGGGCAGAUAUUGGACUUCAUGUACACUUCUCGCCUGGAUCUUAACCAAGAUAAUAUACAAACUAUGUUGGACAUAGCACAGUGUUUACAAAUACAGAACGUACUGAACCUGUGUCACACAUUUUUAAAAUCUACUGCCAUAGAGCAGUUGCCCAGCUUGCCUUGUAAUAGUACAUUCUCCCUACACAGUGCUCUUGCUACUGAUGCUAAUGGUGUUAUGAGUGAAAACUACCCUCCUCACCUGCUGCAAGAGUGUUCAACAGGUACACAGACUCAAAAGGUUUUGGAUGGCCAGCCUUCCCAUGGACACCAACCAAUUCAUCUUCCUAAUUCUUCAGGUGAAGGACAAAAACAAGCAACAUCUGAUACUAUAGAUGGCAACUGUACAGAACUUCCAUUUAAACAAUCAAAUUACUAUUACAAACUUAGAAACUUUUACAGUAAACAGUUCUAUAAACAAACUUCUUGUUCCAGUCACGAACGAGUAAUUGAACAGCCCUUGACUUUCAAUGCAUCUACAGAUUUUAACUCGGUAGAAAACCCUGACUGUGCUGUCAGUCCCUCUGAGUGUAUCUUGGAGUCUUCUGAACAACUCCCUUCUAACUUCCUUGCCCAGCCUUUGAAUGAAGCUGCCCCAGAUCCAGAGUUUGACAGCACAUCAUUGCAGCCUGCCGAACAGAGGAGACUGAAGAAAGCUGUCCACCUCAAGAAACUGAGCUUUUUAAAAUCACAGAAGUCUGCAGAAGACUCAUCUGAAGCUAAAACAGAUCAUAGUCUACCAAAAGGACUAGCAGAGUCACCCUUAGUUAGUGAAAAUACUGUAGAGAAAACCCGUAGUCAGGGAACUGAAGAAAAAGAAAGUGAAGAAAUCAUUAGUUCAGAGAAUUUUGAUUUUGCUGCUGAUGUUGAAAGGACUGAGGGCACCGUCAUCCUGAAAGACCAACCACAAACUCUUCAGUUGCAAAGACAAUACACUUGUGAACUAUGUGGAAAGCCUUUCAAACAUCCAAGCACUUUGGAGCUUCACAAACGGUCUCAUACAGGUGAGAAACCUUUUGAAUGUAACAUUUGUGGGAAACACUUCUCCCAGGCAGGUAAUCUACAGACUCAUUUACGUCGGCAUUCUGGUGAAAAACCCUACAUCUGUGAAAUCUGUGGGAAAAGAUUUGCAGCCUCUGGUGAUGUCCAACGUCACAUUAUUAUUCACUCGGGAGAAAAACCACAUUUGUGUGACAUCUGUGGUCGAGGGUUUAGUAACUUUAGCAAUUUAAAGGAGCACAAAAAGACUCACACUGCUGAUAAAGUCUUUACCUGUGAUGAAUGUGGGAAAUCUUUUAACAUGCAACGCAAAUUGGUAAAGCACAGAAUUAGGCACACUGGUGAGCGACCAUACAGCUGUUCUGCAUGUGGGAAAUGCUUUGGGGAAUCAGGUGACCUACGAAGGCAUGUCCGAACUCAUACUGGAGAAAAGCCAUAUACAUGUGAAAUUUGUAGCAAAUGCUUCUCUCGCUCUGCUGUGCUACGUCGACACAAAAAAAUGCACUGUAAGGCCAGCGCUGAGAGUCCAGCAGCACAUGAUGAGUUCGCGCAAGCCAACGAAACAUCUGAUCUUGAAAAAUCUCAGAGCUCAGACUCCUUUUCCCAAGAUAUGUCAGUUGCUUUGUUGCCAGGAUCUGUGAAGCUCCCUGUUCGUCCAAUGGGGAAUUCUUCAGUGGAAUUUGAUAGCAGUUCGUCAGGUUCCUACUGCAAGUUAAGAUCCAUGAUUCCACAAAAUGAAGUUACAGACCGAGAGAAAUUGACUCUAGAUGCUGCUAAACUCCCCAAACCUCAGAUGCAGCAAACACCUCAUCAGUCAUAUGCUUACCCAGAGGUAGUUGCAUCUGCUGCAGAAGAGCCCCUGCAGCCUGAUAGCAUGUCCAUGAUUCGCUCGUCUAUGGCAGCCCUCGACAAUCCUUGUAAUGAUACACUGAGCAACCGGUCAUCGUCUGCUGCUUACAGGAGCUCCGAAGGACCUUUUUUUUCCAGUAUGACUCUUUGGGGUUUAGCAAUGAAGACUCUACAAAAUGAAAAUGAGUUAGAUCAGUAACAUCCCAUAUUAGUAAUUCUCAUCCAACUUGGAACUGGGCGGACUGGGAUCACAACUGGAUUUCUGAACCACUUUUCACUUUGCUAGACUCAUUCUAACCACUGUAAGAGGAAAUGGCCAGUUCCCUACCCUUGGGGUUAGAGAGAAGGCAGGUUAUAACGUCAGCCUUGACUCAUCAUUAGGGCAAAGCACAAAUCACAGUCACAGACUGUAAUAUUUGAAUGCGGCCUUUGAAGUCCUCUGCUCCAGUUUAUAAAUAAGACAACUGAGAUGGUCCUUCCCACCUCCUCCUUCCCUUCCACCCCAAAGAAAUGACAUGUCCAGGAUCUCAGAGGCAGAGCAAAAAUGGCCUUCUUAGCCAGCCCUUUCAUUUUACAGAGGGAAGGAAGCUGAAGGUCAGAGAGGGGACAGUGACUUGCCCAGGUCCACAGGGAGCCUAGGUUCUCAACCCAAUUCACCUGAUGACAGAUCAAGUUUUCUUUUCACUACCCAUGUUGACAGAUAAUAUUAUGAGUCAGAAAAGCCAGAGGGUUUAUACACUAUUGGUUUACAUGAUAUUGAAAACAUUUAGGUAAUAUGUUACUACACACUUGAUAACAACUACUGUGCGUUUUUUUUCCUAGUUGGGGUAAAAAUUGUGUAUCCAAAACUUUAUUUUUACAUUUUUUUUAAAAAUAAGAUUUGCAUUUUCAGCAUUUUUAUAUACAUACAUAUAUAUUUUUAAAGCGUAAAUA